CCAAAUAUCCAAUUCAGUAGUAGUAACAGUAGUAUUAACUGGGUCUUGGCGAUCAGUGUGUGAGCAAACUAGUGAAAUUUCCGUCUUCAAAACGAUGUUUGACGAUCAGGAUCUGGGAUUCUUUGCCAACUCUCUAGGCAUCAUCAUUUUCUUUCUGGUUAUUGCUUAUCAUUUUGUCAUGGCUGAUCCCAAGUAUGAAGGCAACUAAUGGCUAUUUUAGAUUGUAUCAGACAUGUUAGGGGAUUGGAUAUUUUUGAUGGGGAUUCUAUCUAAAAAUGUAAUGCAAUAAAUCUGCUUGACCUUGAGAAGCUGCAGCAUAUGAGUAAAAAUCUAUAAAGAUACAUUGGUUAUAUCGAA